AAAUCUAAGAACAAUUGCACACAUAUAUUUGAUUCUUGAUUCAUUUAAUCUUGAAAGAAAAAAAAGUAGAAAGAAUAUGUGAUCUAAGUUGAGCAAGGUGUAAUUUGGGACAAACAUAACCCAUUCCUCCACUGAACAUAAAAAAGCAACAUCACACUAACUAAUUUCUAACAUCUGUCUCUACUUUUGAUUCUUAAUUCUAGUUUUUCGGCAACUCAUCAUCUAUCAGAGACGACAUCACUUUGUUCUUCGGUUGACCCCGCAAAAGUUUGAAACGACAGAUACCAUUAUUUCAUCUCAUCGCUUAACAAAUUAUUUUUAGUUGGAUUGCUAUCAUUGUAUGCUCCUUCCAUUGAUUUAUACCAAAAAUAAAUUGUCCUAUCGGGUAAUCUCAGAAAAGCAAGCCACAAUACAUUUCUAUGUAGCUUCUGGGUGUUAUUGCUUGUCAAUAUGGUCUAUGAAUGAUCAACAACCAAACGAAAGGGACCCAAAUCAAAAUUUUAAAAAAGAAUUCAACAAAGACAAUUCCAGAUCAACCCAAUUGGUCUUGCAUUAUAAGGAACUACCUUUCUCAAGGAUCCCAUAGAGAAGCCUUAGUGUUAUAUAACCAAAUUCCAUGUAGAGGAGCUUAUUUGUUAGGCUUAGUGCCUUUAGUUCUCAAGGCCUGUGCUUCUAGCUCUGAUUUAACUUAUGGGAAAUCUUUACACACUGAGGUAGUUAAGAAAGGUGUGGACUUUGAUGUAGUUAUUGGAACUUCUUUGAUUACCAUGUAUGCAAAAUGUGGGGAUAUAGUUGAUGCACGUAAACUGUUUGAUUAUAUGCCUGACAGAAAUGUUGUGACAUGGAAUGCUAUGGUUGGUGGAUAUAUUAGAAAUGGGGACGUGAAAUCACCUUCCGGUUUGUUUGAGAGGAUGUCGGUAAAAACUACGGUGACCUGGAUUGAGAUGAUCGACGGGUUCGCGAGGAACGGAGAUUUGGUUGGUGCUAGGUCUUUGUUUGAUCAAGUACCUCUUGAAUUGAAGAAUGUGGUAACAUGGACCGUAAUGGUUGAUGGCUAUGCAAGCAAAGGAAACAUGACAGAUGCAAGGGUAAUUUUUGAAAUGAUGCCACAGAGGAAUUUUUUUGUAUGGUCAUCAAUGAUUUCAGGGUAUUGCAAGUUAGGUGAAGUGGAAGAGGCAAGGGCAAUUUUUGAUAGGAUACCAAUUAGGAACUUGGUGAAUUGGAAUUCUUUGAUUUGUGGAUAUGCACAAAAUGGGUUUUGUGAGCAAGCAUUGGAGGCAUUUGGAAGUAUGCAAGUAGAUGGCUUUGAACCUGAUGAAGUAACUAUUGUGAGUGUUUUAUCUGCUUGUGCUCAGUUAGGCUUAUUAGAUGUUGGUAAAGAUGUUCAUCAAAUGGUGUAUGAUAAAGGGAUAAAGCUUAAUCAAUUUGUUAUGAAUGCAUUAGUUGACAUGUAUGCAAAAUGUGGGGAUUUAACUACUGCAAGAUCAAUUUUUGAAGGGAUGUGUUAUAAGAAUAAAUCCUGUUGGAAUGCUAUGAUAUCAGGUUUUGCUAUUCAUGGACAGUGCUCGGAAGCACUCGGCUUUUUCAGAAGGAUGGAAGAGUCCAAUGAGAGUCCUGACAAGAUAACAUAUUUAUCUGUUCUUUCGGCUUGCGCGCACGGAGGAUUUGUAGAUGAAGGUUUAGAGAUUUUUUCUAAGAUGGAGAAGUGUGAGCUAGCCGUGAACAUUAAGCAUUACGGUUGUAUGGUUGAUCUUCUCGGGCGAGCGGGAAGACUCCAAGAUGCAUAUGAUUUUAUUAAGAGAAUGCAGAUGAAACCAAAUGAUGUGAUUUGGGGUUCGUUGCUUGGAGCUUGUCGAGUUCAUUUCAAUAUGGAUAUGGCAGAAAAGGUGAUGGAAGAGGUUAACAGAAAAGAUUACAGAGCGGAUUCUGGAAAUGAUCCACAUUCUUUGCUGCUUUCAAAUAUAUAUGCUGCUUCGGACAGUUGGGAGAAGGCCGAAAGUAUGCGAAUGGUUACGAUGAAUAAACGGCUUCCAAAGACUCCUGGACGCAGCUCAGUUAUGCCUCUCAGUACAUAGCUUUGUUAUACAAAAACUUCUAAACUCCUGGACGCAUAUCAGUUUUCUACAACUUGAAAACUAUAUAUUUGGUGGUGUAAAAAAUAUCGUUUUUUUGUUUUCAAUUUCAGCAUUUCUUGUUUAAGCAUUUCUUUGCCAUGCUACACAUAUAGAUAGUAUAAUGCAAUCUCCUAUUUGCUCA